AUGGUUCCCCUGAAGUCAAACCAGACUGAAAUGGAGAUGGCAGCUGAGGGUGGAGAUGCUUCUCGUCUUCCAGUGAUCAGAAGACCCAAGGAAGAAGAAGCAUAUGACAGUGAGAGUGAGACAGACAUGGAUGAGGAAGGCAGAGGAGUACGAAUCCCUCUGCAUCGCUGGGUAAUGCACGGGACAGUGAUGUUUGGACGUGAGUUUUGCUAUGCCAUGGAAACUGCCCUGGUAACACCAGUUCUGCUGCAAAUAGGUCUUCCUGAAAAGUAUUACAGUUUAACCUGGUUUCUCAGUCCUAUCCUGGGUCUCCUCUUCACACCUCUGAUUGGCACAGCCAGUGACCGCUGUAGUCUGCGAUGGGGCAGGAGAAGACCGUUCAUUCUGGGUCUUUGUGUAGGUGUACUGCUGGGAGUGGCACUGUUUUUAAAUGGUUCAUUAAUAGGCCUUUCCGUUGGCGACACUCCCAAUAAGCAUACUAUCGGCAUCGUUCUUACUGUGCUGGGCGUGGUGGUGCUGGACUUCUGCGCUGAUGCCUCAGAGGGACCAAUCAGAGCUUAUCUGCUGGAUGUUGCAGACACAGAUGAGCAAGAUAUGGCGCUGAACAUUCAUGCAUUCUCUGCUGGGCUUGGUGGAGCAGUAGGAUACAUGCUUGGAGGUCUAGACUGGACUGGCACAGCUCUGGGCCAAGCAUUUAAAUCACAGGAGCAGGUUCUCUUCGUGUUUGCAGCCAUCGUCUUUAUUAUCUCUGUCACACUGCACAUGUUCAGUAUCCCUGAGCAGCCCUUCAGUCCAUCAAACCAGGUUAAAGACACAGAAAAUGGGGAUUCUACUGGCCAGGUAUCUUUGAAGCCAGCUGGCCGCACACUGGAUGUAAUUACAGAAGAGGAUGCUUCUGCUCAAGCUCGAUCCAGAGACGACCCUGAAUCAGAUCCUAAGGAAGGGGAAAUUGACUUUCUUGCUGUGGAGCGAGUAAGGAGUAAAAGUGAUUCAGUCUUAGCCAUGCCAGAUGCUACAAUUGAGUUAGAUGCAGACCUUGACCCAGACACACAAAAUUUCUUGCCAGAGACACACUUUCAACCUGAAAUGCAAGAAGACCUUGAAGAUGUUUUCAAACUAGCAGAUUCCAGUGCUGAAGCCCCACCUUCUGUCGGACCACAACCCCCUCCUGAUGGGAUAGCCGACGUGACGCCUAUAAGUUCAGUUUUAUCUGAACUUAAAGAUCCAGCAAAUGGUCAUCCGUCCUUCCAGCAGACCAGCUGGGGCUCAGAGGAUUCCCAGUUGAAACAGGCCAAACCUGCCAAUGGUUCUGAGUUGCCCAGUGUUAUGAAAACCCAUGGCACCAAGCUGGGAAACCAUACAUCCAGUACACGGCUAGGCAGACCCACCUACUACAGACAACCCUCAUUUACUUUUUCAUAUUAUGGUCGAGUUGGAGCACAACGGCAUCGAAUGCGACACACAGGACAUUUCAGCACUCAGCCAAUCACUACGUCCCAAAGUUUGAAUGAUUUAAGCAUCAUCCAGCGGCAUACAGACAGACGACGGUUGCAGCUUUCAGCCAGCAGUCUGUCAUCCGAGGGCUCCAGCAGUGAGGGAGGAACAGACAAGGGUGGGAGUGUACGGCUGCUGUGGUUGUCCAUGUUGAAGAUGCCCAGUCAGCUCUGGAGAUUAUGCGUGUGUCACCUGCUCACAUGGUUCUCCAUUAUAGCUGAAUCUGUGUUUUAUACAGAUUUCAUGGGGCAGGUUAUUUUUCAAGGAGACCCCAAGGCACCAGCCAAUUCCACAGAGCUACAAAAUUAUCACAAAGGAGUACAGAUGGGCUGCUGGGGACUGGUGAUUUAUGCUGCUACUGCUGCUGUCUGCUCUGCCAUCCUUCAGAAGUAUCUGGAUCAUUUUGAUCUCAGCAUUAGGGUCAUCUACAUUCUUGGAACUCUGGGAUUCUCAGUUGGUACUGCAGUCAUGGCAAUCAUCCCUAAUGUUUAUGUUGCAAUGGUGAUGAUCAGUACCAUGGGCAUCAUCUCCAUGAGUAUCUCCUACUGUCCCUAUGCUUUACUUGGCCAGUACCAUGAAAUCAAAGAGUACAUUAACCACAGCCCAGAAAACACUCGAAGAGGUUUUGGGAUUGAUUGCGCUAUUUUAACCUGCCAGGUUUACAUCAGCCAGAUUUUGGUUGCAUCAGCACUUGGAUCUGUGGUAGAGGCAGUUGGCAGUGUGCGUGUCAUUCCCAUUGUGGCCUCUGGGGGUUCUUUCCUUGGCUUUCUUGCAGCUUGUUUCCUUCUCAUUUAUCCUGAUUUGGAGCCCAGCAGCUCAGAGCAGGACGAGGAUUCGGUGGGUUUUCCUGGAGUAGAAGACCAGAAUGCAGAAAAUACCAGUGAGCAGACUCAGGCUCUGCUGAAACUCACAAACACAGAUACAGAAACGGAGAGUUUGAAUAACAUGGAGAACCACUCUUCUACCUGA